CCGGGGUAUAAGAAAGGUAUUGACGGCCUUUGAUACUUUCACCACAACUUCUUUUCAACUCCCAAGCUUUUCCAAGCUUUCACUAUUCUCUUGGACUCCCUUGGCUUCAUCUCUGCAUUUACCCCAGUUUAGUCUUUAAAUCCAUACAAUAUGCGUGUCUCGAACGUCCUGUUGCUUGCUGCCACAGCUUCUGCUUUCUCUUUCCCGGAUGUUUCCCCCGUCACAAACCUCUUCCGCCGCAAGGACGGUGGUGGUGGUGGUGGUGGCGGUGGUGGUUCAAAGUGCGACCCCAAGUGGAAGGACAUCUCCACAAUCUUGACCGCAAAAUUCUUGACCAACGGAAUUUGCAAUCCUGAUGCACGAGCUGCUAUCCGAGCGGUGUUCCACGAUUGCGGAGCUUGGGAAUCAAAGCUUGGUGCUACUGGAGGUUGCGAUGGAAGCUUAGCCCUGGCUCCAGGAGAGAUUGACCGUGGAGAAAAUCAGGGUCUGGGGCCCAUCGUCGCCUAUCUCAAGGGACUCGCCCAACAAAAGGGCGUCUCUGUUGCUGAUAUGAUUGUCUUCGCUGGCAGCCAUGCCAUCGUCACCUGUCCUGGUGGACCUCGUGUCAAGACUUUCAUUGGUCGCAAGGACUCGAACAUACCCCCUCCUAAUGGCCUGCUCCCUGACGUCAAUGCUCCUGCCGCGGAUCUCUUCAAGCUCUUUCAGAACAAAGGUUACGAUGAGGUUGGUCUUGCUGCCCUUCUUGGCGCCCAUUCUACAUCCAACCAGUUCAACCAAAACACUACCCCCGGCAUCCAAGGUCAGCCCCAGGACUCUACUCCGGGUGUCUGGGAUGUUAGGUACUACUCUGAGACCCUAAACCCGCCAAAGAACAUAUUUGUCUUCCCCUCGGACUCCAAGCUCGCUAACUUUGAGAGAGUCGGCAAGGAAUUCAAGGGCUUCAUCAAUAACCAAGGCAAAUGGAGCGGCAAGUUCGCCGACGCCAUGGGUAAGAUGGAACUCUUCGGGGUUGCAUCCACCUCCGGCAUGCAAGACUGUACAGAUUCUCUGCCCCAGACCACCAACAUCAAGCGUGAGAUGAAGGCCAUGAACAUGUUCAUGCCAAGGAACUAG